AACACACUCACACACACAAACACACACUGUGAUUCUUCUACACUUGGCAACGCUAAUUCCUCUUCACCGUUGCUCCCCUCAGCCCUAUAAACUCCUCUUCCAUCACUCCCUAAAUCACACAGAUCUAGAGAGUGUGCGUGUAGCGAAAAUGAUGUGGGAAGCUGGAGGAUCAACAGCUUCGUCCUCGGGUGCUGCCGGAGCUGCCGGAGCUGGCAGCGGCGACGGUUCAGGGAGGAGGAAGCCUUCGUGGAGAGAGAGAGAGAACAACAGGAGGAGAGAGAGGAGGAGGAGGGCGAUUGCAGCUAAGAUUUAUACGGGGUUGAGGGCGCAGGGGAAUUACAAUCUGCCAAAGCACUGCGACAACAAUGAAGUUCUCAAAGCUCUCUGCAAUGAGGCUGGUUGGGUUGUUGAGCCCGAUGGCACUACCUAUCGCAAGGGAUGCAAGCCAAUCCCAAUGGAAAUUGGAGGCACUUCAACCAACAUUACUCCAAGUUCUUCAAGAAAUCCAAGCCCACCAUCUUCCUAUUUUGCAAGUCCCAUUCCUUCCUACCAGCCGAGUCCGUCAUCCUCGUCCUUCCCCAGUCCAUCCCGUCUAGAUGGAAAUGCUUCGUCACACCCAUUCGCCUUCCUCCUUAACUCGUUCCCUUCAUCGUCUCUGCCUCCUCUUCGAAUAUCCAACAGUGCCCCUGUUACCCCACCCCUCUCCUCCCCUACAAGACUUCCCAAGCAAACUUUUAACUUGGAGACCCUUGCAAAAGAAUCCAUGUCUGCCUUGAAUAUACCCUUCUACGCUGCCUCCGCCCCUGCCAGCCCAACCCGUGUCCAGCGCUUCACUCCAACCACCAUUCCAGAGUGCGAUGAGUCUGACACCUCCACCAUUGAUUCUGGCCGUUGGAUGAACUUCCAAGCCUAUACGAAUGCUGCCAACAUGGUCCCAACUUCUCCUACCUUCAAUCUUGUGAAACCCGUGGCUCAACCUGUUCCUUCCAAGGAUGCCAUGUUGGACAAGGGCAAGGGUGUAGAGUUCGACUUUGAGCACAUGGCAGUGAAGCCAUGGGAAGGUGAGAGGAUCCACGAGGUGGGAAUGGAUGAUCUUGAGCUCACCCUAGGAAAUGGCAACACUCGCGUUUGAGGCACUGAUCCAAAGGCUUCGUAGAUUUGAGGUUAGUUGGUAGCAUUCCUUGCUCUUGCUGCGGCCUAAGAAGUUCAUGCCUCAAGUUUUAGUUUUCAUGGAAGACGAACGUUGGCCCAUAAAGACCGAAUCAGUUUGUCUUUAGGUUGGAUUCUCCAUUCAUGUUGUUUCUGUCUGGCCUUUUAUUUGAUCUUUUUACUGUUUUAGCUAUUAUUAUUGGCCCCAGUUUAAGUUGCUUGGGGUUUAUUACAUGUAGAUAUUUUGUUUUUCUCAUUUUUUCGAUUGUGAUCAAGAUUAUUAUAGACUAGUAAGGAUAUUCCUUCAUGUCUGAACUAUUUGAUGUUUCUUCUUAAUCAAAGAUUAGUUUUUUUUUAA